AUGGCUAUCACGGUGACCUCACUGGCCAUAGCGCUUGUCGCUGCAUUGGUCUGCUACAAGACCAUUAUAUACCCAUUCUUCAUCUCACCGCUGGCCAAGAUCCCCAAUGCGCAUUGGAGUGCUCCAUUCACGCCGGCCUGGAUGCUUUGGAAACGUUUCACCAGUCGAAACAAUCGAACGAUUCAGGAUUUGCAUGAGAAACUCGGCCCAAUUGUCCGACUGGGACCAUCGGAGAUCUCCAUCAAUUGCGUCGAUGGGGGAAUCAAAUCAGUAUACACGGGUGGGUUCGAAAAGCAUGACUGGUACCCCCGAGUGUUUGCGUCCUUUGGGACAGUCAGCAUGUUCACCAUGGUGGGAAGUAAAACACAUUCGAACCGCAAGAGGAUGUUGUCCAACAUCUACUCCAAGUCGACUCUGCAAACAUCCCCCCAUCUCGGAAUAGUUUCGAAUGCAGUCAUUUUUGACAGGCUACUACCCAUUCUUGACAAGGCUGCAAGCACUGCAGCACCACUGGAUGUGCAUGACCUGAACCAAGGCUUGACGAUGGACUUUGUCUCGUCCUAUCUUUUCGGCUUGCAGAAUGGUACCAAUCUUUUGCAAAAUGAAUCAUUUCGAAAGCACUGGCUUCACCUUUACAUGUGCCGAAAGCCGUUCGAAUUUUAUUCCCAAGAGGUACCAUAUCUGGAUGGAUGGUUGAGACGAAUCGGUCUUCGCGUGGUUCCGAAAUACUGUGACGAAGCCAAUGCGAUGCUUGAUGCCUGGGCUUUAGACCUAUGCGACAAGGGCGAGCAAUCAAUCGCAUCGACCGAUCCAGGGGUUGAGCCAAUCGUUUACAAGCAACUCAAACAAGCUUUGGACAAAGCGUCCUUGAAAAACGGAGAAAAGCCAGAUAAGGCGCAGCAGAGACUCGACAUUGCAUGCGAGCUGUACGACCAACUGACUGCCGGAUUUGAGACAAGCGCUGUCGGCCUCACUUAUUUGUUUUGGCAACUAUCCAAGAACCAAGAAAUUCAGAGCAAACUUCGAGAGGAGCUGCUUACUCUGGACCCUCCAGUUGCAUACCCUAAGUCUGCGGAGAUGCCCCCCGCCAAGGCAAUUGAUAAUUUGCCCUUGCUGGAGGCUAUUGUGACUGAGACAUUGAGGCUCCAUGCCCCAAUUCCAGGCAUUCAGCCUCGAGUCACCCCGUCUCCUCCUUGCACGUUGGCUGGCUAUGCAAACAUUCCACCUAACACUAGGGUCAGCGCACAGGGAUACUCUCUGCACCGUAAUCCAGAAGUGUUCCCGGACCCAGAGAGCUGGCAGCCCAAACGGUGGCUCGCAGAUCAAAAUUCACCCGCUGACCUGGACGAGAAACGCCGGUGGUUCUGGGCGUUUGGGAGCGGUGGGCGAAUGUGCGUGGGAAGCAACCUCGCUUUACAAGAGAUGAAACUGGCCGUCGCGGCUAUUUACACCAAUUUCCGCACCACCAUAGUCAAUGACGACGACAUUGAAGCAAUCGAUGCCUACACCGUGAAGCCGCGCGGUGAUAAGCUGAUACUCAAGUUCGAAUCGGUCCGUGAUAGCUAA